AUGUUCCAGAGGCUAUUUGCAGUGAUUCUCUGUGUUUUUAACGUUCAACAUAACCAAAGAUGCAGGCUUAAUACUCGGGUAGAUUUCGGGGAGCCUCUACCGGUCAUUCUAAGGAAUGAAAGAAUAUUAGAACCGACAGAUGAAUAUGGAAAUAUAGACCUAGAGUACGGUGACACGCUAACUUUAAGCUGUGAAGAUACGGGUUACAUUGAACAUCCGCAGACUAAGUCACUAAUUGCUACUGGAACUAUUAUGUGUUUGGGUGGAAAUAAUUUUGGUAACGAUGAAUGGUUAAAUGCUCCUGCAACUUUUUACGGUUUCAGAUGUCCUUACCCUAAAAUGCAUCUCAGUCAGCGCACCAAUCGAACGUGCUUCGAAGGUAAUCCCAUCAUAGAAGUAGGUUACAGAAUACAAAAUCAGUUUUAUCCGGUUUACGAGUCGUGUUUCAACGAAGCGGGUUUGAAUGCGAUAUAUUCGAAAUAUACUCAAAAGCCUUAUAACUCCUUAUACCAAACUAGAGUCGAUCGUCCAUUUUUUAUCGAUAAUGACAAUUAUGGUGGACUGCCUGUAGAAUCGUUGUUUUCUCCCAGAGGUCAAAAAGCUGCUGUAUCACAAUUGGUCGGCCCUCUAGUAGACACUUACAUAACUAAAACCGAAUUACUCUCCAGAGGACAUUUAGCAGCAAAGACAGAUUUUGCUUUUGCAUUCACUGAGCGAGCAACUUUUCACUAUGUGAAUUGUGCACCGCAAUGGACAGGCUUUAAUGGUGGUAACUGGAAUACAUUGGAAGUCGACCUACGAAAUCAUGUACAUAAUGCUAGAUAUGAUACUAUCAUUUACACAGGCACAUACGGAGUCUCACAACUCCUAGACCAAUAUGGGCGUAGAGUUGAUAUUUACUUGACGACAGAUGUAAAUAAUAAUCCAGUUAUACCAGUACCGAAAUACUUUUACAAAGUUGUUUACGAACCUAGAACACAAAAGGGUAUUGCUUUUGUCGGUAUUAACAAUCCUUAUUAUACCAUGUCUGAAGCCAGGGAGAUGUUCUUUUGUAAGGAUAUAUGUAGGGGAAACAGCGCCUUUCACUGGUUAAGUUGGCAUCCAGACAAUCCUAGUGAAGGCUACACAUUUUGUUGUUCUAUACCAGAUUUCAGUUUCACAGUUCAUCAUUUACCUCAUUUGGACGUUAAAGAUAUUUUGAGUUGA